CGCCAACAGCCUCACUCACAAGGUCAAGCUGCAAUGAGGAUGGGGCAUAGACAAAACACAAUUGUCAUACGAGAAAUACUCACUGGCUGUAUCUGAGAUACCUCAUUACAAUCCAUCCAUGGUGCAUCGCCACAAAAAUAGCGACCGGAAAUCCCUCUGCCUAGGCCCGGAACGACACUGCAGCAUCGUCUCGAAAAAGAGUGCCCCACUGCCUGCGAUUCCUGCCUUACACACACAUCUUAUCAUGUUCCCGAGACCAUGACUUAUUACUCGAUAGGCGCCAACCGCCAGACAGCAGCUUCAGACUGGGCUGACUGCUACGGCGGCGUCGUGGCAUUCGGCGCAGACGUCAACCUCGCCCUAUGGCGUCCCAAGGACCAAAGGGUCUGGCACCCCAGCACCCCCGGCCACAAGGAGCUGGUCAAGGCCGUCAAGUUCCUGCCCGCACGUGCAGACGACCAGUCCUCUUACAUAGUCAGCGGUGGCGACGACAAGUGCGUCAAGCUGUGGAGGCUGGACCAUGCCAGCGGGGAGGUUGACUGCGUCCAGACUGUUGAGGACCACACGGCCGCCGUGAACUGCAUCGCGAGCUUGAAGCCGGGCUGGACUGGAGGAGCUGAUACAGGGUCUCUGUUCGUCACUGGUGCGGCCGAUGCCACAGUGAAGGUCUGGGCGUUCGACGGUAUAGAGAUCAGGGUCCUACAGACUAUCAAACUGUCGCCCAGAUACCUCCCCUUGGCCCUCGCCGUGAGCCCGCUGGGGAGCAGCGGCAGUACAUACAUGAUCGCCUCCGCCGGGACCAAAGACACCAUCCAGAUCUUCACCGGCACAUUCAGCCAGGACUGCUCCGACUUCCGUCUACAGGCGACCCUGUCCGGCCACGAGGGCUGGAUACGCUCCCUCGAUCUCACCCCCGAGGCCCCAGACAGCCCAGACGGCGACCUGCUCCUCGCCUCAGCCAGCCAGGACAAAUAUGUGCGUCUCUGGCGCGUCCACCAGGGCAGCGAGCUCCCGGCGCAGGCGGCCACCGCCUCAGACCCCACCGUCGGCGCAUACCUCCCGGGGCGGUCGCCCAGCAACAAGGCCUACCGCUUCCAGGCCCAGGACGAUUCUGACUACUCGGUCACGUUUGAGGCGCUGAUGUUCAACCACGACGACUGGAUCUACAGCGCGCGGUGGAACCGCAGCGACCAGGGUGUCCUGCGACUCCUAUCCGCCUCGGCAGACAACUCCCUCGUGAUCUGGGAGUGCGACGCCGAGUCGGGCAUCUGGGUGCCGGACGUGCGGCUGGGCGAGAUAUCGCGCGAGAAGGGCGCCACCACGGCCACGGGGAGCAUCGGCGGCUUCUGGACGGGCCUGUGGUCGCCGGACGGGCGCUCCAUCCUCACCCUCGGGCGGACGGGCUCCUGGCGCCGCUGGGACUGGGACCCCCAGGGCGCCACCUGGGAACAAGGCGUCGCGGUGUCGGGCCACACCCGGGCCGUCACGGGGCUGGCGUGGUCCCCCUCGGGCGACUACCUGCUCUCCACGAGCUCAGACCAGACGACGCGCCUGCACGCGCGGUGGGCCGAGGACGGCCGCUGGUACGAGAUGGCGCGCCCACAGAUCCACGGCUACGACCUGAACUGCGUCGACGCGCUGGGCGAGUCGCUCUUCGUGUCUGGCGCCGACGAGAAGCUCAUGCGCGUCUUCAAGAAGCCCAGGGCCGUGGCGAAGAUGCUGCGCGCGGUGGCGGGCAUCGGUGCCCAGGGCGAGGGGGCCGAGGAGGCAGACGACUCCACGCCCGAGGCGGCCAACAUGCCAGUGCUGGGCCUGUCCAACAAGGCGACGGUCGAGGCCGACGACGACGACGCGGCCGCCGCCGCGGCAGCAGCCGUGAACCCGGAGCAAGACCGCAGCGCCGUCGACCCGGCGAGCAUCGUGCGCCGGUCCGCGCUGGACGGGGGGCACCCGCCGCUGGAGGAGUCGCUGUCGCGGCACACGCUGUGGCCCGAGGUCGAGAAGCUGUACGGGCACGGCUACGAGAUCAGCUGCCUGGCCGCGAGCCACGACGGGCGGCUCGUGGCGAGCGCCUGCCGCGCGUCGUCCCUCAACCACGCCGUCAUCCGCAUCUUCGAGACGGAGCGCUGGACGGAGCUGCGGCCGCCGCUCGCCUGCCACACCUCGACCGUCUUCCGGCUGCGGUUCAGCGCCGAUGACAAGUUCCUGCUGAGCGUGGGCAAGGACAGGCGCUGGGCUGUCUUCAAAAGGAGGGAUGGCGAGGAGCAGGCCGCGAAAGAGGGCGGGGCCGGCGGGGGCAUGUCCUACGAGGAGCUCCAGAACGAUGAGAAAGGGCACAAGAGAAUGGUCCUUGACGCAGCUUGGGGUCCAUUGAUGCCGAACGUCCCAGGUCGGAGAUUCUUUGCCACUGCUAGUAGGGACAAAUCCUUCAUCGUGUGGGCUACGGCAAAGAGCGGCAGUGGCUCUGCAGAUGGUGAGGAAGGGUCGGACAGAUUCCAAAAGUUGCAGAGCGUAUCCCUGGAGGAUCCCAUCACAGCAAUCGACUUCCUGCCCCGGCCGUACCAAGAUAAAUAUGCCGUGCUAGCUGUCGGCACGGAGAAAGGACAUGUCCGCACAUAUGUCUGGGACGUCCUUGAAGGCUCCGGGGUGCCAUUUUCACCGCGAUCCUCAGGCGAGCAAUUGACUCUAAUUGAGCUCGCCAAGCCUAUCCGGCAGCUCGCCUGGCGGCCAGGUCAGGAGGAGACGGCUGAGCUUGCCGUAGCCGGCGAGGACGGCUCGGUCAGGAUAUGUAGCAUUGAUAUCAAAGUGCCGCAAGGGGCGUGAAAGCCCAGCAAGCAGGCUCUGUGUUUACAUGUGUGGAAUGGUUGUUCUGAGCCCUGGGCACGUCGGUAGCGCGUAGGGCGAUGAAGGCCUGGCAAAGUCGGAUAGAGAAAUACCAGCACGGUGUUGAGGGUUAGCCGCACCAGUUGAGGACAGCAAGCACUUGUGGAAACAAGGCUAUCUAUCGCUUACAAUACCCAGUGGGUUAGUGACCACAGUUGUCAGUGAGAACUUUGACGGCGAAGCUUAUCCAAGGUUGCCGAGACACUCUGGAAAGCCCUGC